AUGGAUGACCUGUUGGAUGAGAGUAUCCCUAGAUUAACAUUUACUUUGCUACAGGUUAAAAAGUUCUUGGAUGAUUUAUUUUGCCUGAUGCCGGAGGACAGGAUCGGAGAAGUGGUGGAUGUGUUCGAUGAAUUUGACAUAAAUAUUUCAUUUACAACUGAGGUAGAAGUAGAAGGCAGAUUACCCUUCUUGGAUGUGUUACUGGUGAGAGAAAAUCAAACCAUUAUUACAGAUUGGUAUACCAAACCAAUGGCGUCUGGCCGGUAUCUCAACUAUUACUCCAGUCAUCAACUGAAACAUAAGUUAAUUCUCAUCACAGGUAUGAAGAAUAGACUAUAUGGUAUAUGUGAUAGAUCCAAAUAUGAGGGCUCAUUACAGAGACUUAAAACCCUAUUAAUACAGAACUCAUACCCAAUUAGGUUGAUAAAUAGAAUAUUUUAUAACAGCUCACCAGCUGUUAAUGACAUAAUAAAUAACACAGAGAGUUCAGAUGUGAUAGUGGAGACAGAUACACAGAAUUAUAAAUAUUACAAAUUGCCACAUUAUGAUCAAAUAACGUCGAAGAUCAUAUCAUUGUUCAAAGGAAUAAAUGAGUUGAGAUUCGUCAGGACAAUUCCUAAUAAGUUGAAAAGAUUUGUCUUUACACACCUAAAGGAUAAAGAAGGACCAUAUAACACUACGAAUGUUAUCUAUCGGAUUGAUUGUAGCACAUGUGAAGGGGCAUAUAUUGGCCAGACGGGUAGGAGACUUAACACGAGGUUAGAAGAACAUAAAAGAGACACAAGACUAAUGAGGUCAACCACAGGAUUGGCGAGACAUACAGUGGAUACGGGCCAUAUCAUGAAUUUAAAUGAUGUCAAUAUUUUAAGAAAGGUGAACAACCAUAAUAAGAGGCUCUUCUUGGAAUCUGCGGAAAUUAAUAUGUGUGACAACAGUGUGAAUAUAAAUACAGACUAUAGUGCACUCAGUGACAUCUACUGUAAUAUCUUGGAGAUGAUUAGAUUGCGAAGAACGGAUAACCCCAAUAUGACAAGAAACAUCGAACCUGGCUGA